CGGAGUAACAAGAGGGAACAGGAAUGGGCAGGCUGUACAGUAGGAGCGUCAUUUGGUUCUCCGUGUCGGAGCACACCAGUUAUUUGAAUGGACGCGUGUUCGUCAGACGCACUUUUGCACUUCGAGCUCCAGUAAUAUAGUAUUAAAGUGAUAUAACAACGCUACACAGCAUAUACGGGAACGUGACUAUGGAGGGGGGAAUCGCUAUCUUAUGUUUAUCGGUUGCCAUGUUUUUUGGAUGUUUAGUAAUCGGCUGGAUUCCACUCUUAAUCAAACUUUCUGAUCGAAGCCUACAAAUUGUCGCGAUCCUGGGAGCAGGUCUCCUGUGCGGGACAUCUCUGGCGAUCAUCAUCCCGGAGGGAACCGACCUUCUCCAUGAUACAUGGAAAGCCUCUGAAACCGCACUUGUUCAAAACAACAGCAGUGGGACGACGGUGGUGUCGUUUGCCAACAGGAUCCCCUCUCGGUUCUACAUCGGCUUAUCUCUAGUGUUCGGUUUCAUCUUCAUGUUUGUGGUGGAUCAGCUCAGCCUCUACUUCUCCACGGCGACGCGCGGUUCAGGAUGCAUGCCCAACAACAGCGGCAUCACUGCAUCCUUGGGGCUAGUGAUCCAUAGUGCAGCCGAUGGCGUGGCGCUGGGGGCGGCGGUGGCCUCUCCCGACAUGGCGGUGCAGGUCAUAGUGUUCGUGGCUGUCAUCAUGCACAAGGCCCCGGCGGCGUUUGGCAUGGUCUCCUUCUUGAUCCACAUGGGGGUGAACAAGAGGCUGAUACAGGGUCACCUGCUGGCCUUUUCGGCCGCUGCUCCUAUUUUUGCCAUCUGCACCUACUUCAUCUUGACCGCGGUGGGUGGUUCUACCCAGAGCCGACUCACUGCUACGGGCGUGGGCAUGCUGUUCUCAGGCGGGACCUUUCUGUACGUGGCCACCGUACACGUUCUCCCCGAGGUCAGCUCGGGCCAUGGACACCACCUGUCGCCCGGGGACCUCCAGCACCUGACGGAGGCUGUCGCUGAACCCAGGGGGCCGAUGGGUCUCUUGGAGAGUCUGACCUUUAUCGGUGGAGCAGCCAUUCCUGUUCUGCUGGCGCUCGGGCUGCAGGACGACUGAUGCAACAUCCUAAGAGAAACAAUGUGCUAGUGUACACCUUAAAGGCAAAUCAAGCAUGGCUUUGACGCUAGGGGAAUUGACUUGAAUGAGAGCUCUGGGAAACUUCUCUCUUAGAUAUGCUGUCUGAAUGACCAUCCCGCAUUUCAUUACCAGGCUGGAAGUGUGUCUCAUCAGUAUCAAGUUUUUUUUUUUCCAUUGUGCGAUGUGAAAGGAAGACAACAUUUCUGGGACAUGGCAUUCUGGAUGUAAUCCUAGCUCAUGUGUGAAUACCAGGAAGGCAGAUUUGUACUCUGUCAAUAGGAUCCUUGGAUGUAGUCCACUAUCUUGAUGUUGCACCCUCUAAGAUAACACUGAUGAAACAUAAACUAGGUCACAGGUUUUUUCACAUUGUUUGUUUCUUAUAACAUUCAGCUGGAUAGCGUACACAGUCUGUACUGUACAGAUAUCAAAUAUCAAUAUGAAUCUAGAAUACACUGUGUGUGGGGAGUGUUCUGAAGAGUCAUAUGUCUGGGGUGAGAACGGUCUACCCUGGACCAGGGGGCGGGCAGUUAACUGAGUGAUGGCAGAUUUCAGCCAAUCAUCUUCUCCGUAGUGUGGUGUAGCUUUAAGGAAGUUCUUUGAAUAACCGUAAAUCACACAAAAAGUUUGCUAGCAAUGUCUUAAUUGAAAUGGCCCAAUGUUAGCUUAGUUUAAGAUUCAUUGCCAAUGUUUAUUAAAUGUACUUUAUUCAAAAUGUAGUAUUUGCAAGAAAUAUCUUUUAUAAAGAAAAUAAAUCAUUGUAAUACACAUAUUUGCCUGUUCUAUGCAUAAUACUGUGAUACCCAAUACAACAUGGCCUAAUACAUACUUGUGUCUGUUGCCUGCUUAUAGGCAAAAACUGAAAAACAAGUAAAGCCAGUUCAGGGACAUUUACACAUGGAACGGCUGAUGAUGUCCCAGAAGUGCCUUGAUAUAUUUUACCAGCAAUGUCAGCGUUAAAUGUGCUGACGACAGUUGAAGAACCUGUUUUUUUCAUAUAACAUAUUUCCGUGUACCAUUGACCCUCUUUGAACCUCCAUGUGAUUAAUAAAAACAAACAAAUACAGA